AUGGGAGUCGAUGCUCAGGUCCAUGUCCUCACGAAUGCGACCGCUGACAGUAAGCGACAUCAGCGAGUCGACACCCAGAUCCGUAAAGGCAAUGUUGUCAGCAAGCUCGUCGUGGCUGACACCAACCUCCUUGGCAAGGAUGUCGAGCACCUGGGAGACGACCGAGGUGAGCUUCUGGUUGACCUUGGCGAUGUUCUUGGGGGUGACGCCCUUGGUCUUCUCCUUGGUGGAGGAAGCCUUCUUCUCCUUGACAGCAGGCUUGACAGCGGGAGCAGCGGCGCGGACGGGAGCGGCGAUGGCAGCAGAUCCACGCGGGGGCAGCAUCAUGUUGAGGACCUUGCGGGGGAUGGCCUGGAACUUCAAGUCACCGCACAUGCCAAUGAUCUUCUCGCCGUCAAAGACGUAAACGUCACCAGCGUAGACCUUGUUACCCUUGAUGGGCUGCAUGCGGAUGUAGCUGCGGUACUUCUUGGUGGCGACAGGCAGCUCAGAGAACCUGAGAGAGCCCCAUCCGUGGGAGAUGAAGACCUGCUCGCGCGAGUCGACAGCGUCGGUUCCAUUGAUGAUGAAGCCAGAGAUGUGACACAGACUGUCGAUCCAGUAGGGGCUGAAGACGUAUUUGCCAUCGGCCUCAGUGGUCUGGAACUUGACCUGAGCAGUAGCCUCGCAAGUCUCGCUGUCGAGGACAACCUCCUCCAUACCGCGGUAACGAGGAGUGUAGUCGACAAGGGCGGCGAACAGCUUGUAGGCCAAGCCACGGCCGAUCUUAGAUGCCUUGCCAUCCUUCUCGGACUCGAUGAGACCAUCGACGCGAGACUUGAUGAGGUAAGAGACGCGGUCAAACUCUCCCUGCCAGUCCUCGGUGUUACCGAAGUAGACCUUGCAGUUGGCAUGGUCAACACGCUUGGCGCCCUCGCCGGUGUGGAAGACCAGGUCGGCGCUGUUCUGAGCAGCGUUGGCAGUGACUGUGAGUCUCAGGAUGUGGCUCUCAGCAGCGUCAUCGAAGAUGAGAGUCUUGGGGACCUCCAUGUGAGCGACGUUGACGCCGAUGUUCUCAGACUCGGGGCGGAGCAGCUUGUAGGCAUAUUGACAGGUGGUGAUGGCCAUGUCUCCGUACAGCGAAGAGGGGCAGAGGGGAGCACCGUUGACCAAGUGGCCGGAAACAACGCCACGAAGGUCCUCGCGAGACAAGUUGGACUCGACCUCGACGACAGCGACGUCGCCCUUGAUCUCCUCGCUGACAACCUUCUGGACAGUGGUGGUCUCGAGCUUGGGCUUAGCGAUGGCAGUAGGGGCAGGCAGAGCCUUGGCCACGCGGUUCUUGCUGAGACACCAGUCGCCCUCGUACUGCAGCCAGUAGUUCUUCUCAUCGAAGGCGUACGACGGAAGAUCCAGGUGCCUGACGGACGAAAGGAAGUCAUUGUGGUACUCGUUCCAGUCGAUGUUCAGACCAGCAGUGUGGAGGGUGCAGAGACUGGCGCUCAGGGUCUUGUAAGUGGACUCGUUGCGGCGAAGAGUGGGCACAGCGACAGUCGAGACACCGAAAGCAGCCUUGACCAUGUUGGCGCAGACGGGGUGGGGGCCGACCUCGAGCCAGACAGUCUUCUCAUCGAUGGCACCGGCCGACUGGGCAGAAACAAGACCGCCAAGGAAGUCAACAGCGUCACGAGCAUGAUCGCGCAGGUACUUGGGGUUGAUGGGCUCAUCGUCAAUGAGCUUGGCAAGGAGCGGCGAGAUGACAGGGACCUUGGGGGCGUUGAAGCGGACAGCGCGGGCCAGCUUCUCAAAGUCAUCAAGGAUGGGGUCGACCUGGGCCGAGUGGAAGGCGAAGGGCACCUUGAGCUGAGUGCACUUGAAGCCAGCAGCACCAAGCUGCUGCGAGAUCUCAGCCAUCUCGGAAGCCUCACCACUGAGGACAGUCUCGCGGGCCAACAUGGCGUGGGUGCCGGCAGUGCACUUCUCAACGAGAAGCUUGGCACGAGCACCAACGAGGUAGAUGGUGUCACUGGCAGACAGAACACCGGCAACGUGCAGAGCAGCAUACUCGCCAAGACUGUGGCCCAUGACCGCAGCAGGUUUGAUGCCCCAAGAAGCCCAGAGCUUAGCCAGGGCCAUCUCGAAGCAGCAAAGACCAAGCUGGACGAUGAGGGGCUCGAGCUUGGCGACGUCAGGCUCGCUGCCGUCAAUCAGGGGCAUGAAGCUCGGGAAGCCGUGAAUCUGGGCAAUCCUGUCGAACUCGUUCAUGGCCUGACGGAAAACGGCGUGGUUGGCAUACAGCUCCUUGCCAAGACCAGCGUAGUGAGAGCCCUGGCCAGUGAACAUGAAAGCAACCUUGGGAGGCUCGGGAGAGACGGGGACAAAGUUCUCCUGGAGACGGGUCUUGAGGGCCUGCUUGGCCUCGCCCAGGUCCUGGGCCGUGACGUUCAUGCGCCAGUAGUGCUGGAUGCGACGAGCAGUGGUGGCGUAAGCAAUGUGGGAGAUGGGGGUGUCAUCGUUCUCGUCCAUCCAUUGGAUGAGCCUCUCCGCGUUGUGGAUCAUGGCAGACUUAGACUUGCCAGUAAUGGUGAUCAAAUGGACGUUGCGCGGGUCCUGGGUGGCAGGCUCAACAGGAGGAGCAUCCUCGAGCAGCAGACCAGUGUUACCACCAGCAGCGCUGAAGUUGUUGAUGAAGACCCUACGGGGCUUGCCGUGGAAAGCAAUGUUGACGUUGCGCUCACCAAGGUCCUUGGGGAAGGUCUUGUUGAUGACGGAUCCCUUCUUGAUACCGACGUGGGGAGGGAUGGCAUUCUUCUGGAGCAUGAGCAGAACCUUGCACAAAGCCGUGACACCGGAAGCAGCCUCACCGUGACCAAGGUUGGCCUUGACGGCACCAAGGUACAGAGGACGGUCUGCAGGCCUCUUCCUGUGGGCAGGAGCAAAGACGAUGGACUGCGUAGGACCGUGAGGGUGGGUGAUGGAGAUGGCAUCGGCCGAGUGGUUGGUGGCAGUGCCAAGGAUGACAGCAAGAACGCGAUCAUGGUCGGCAAUGGCAUCGUCGAGCCUCUUGACAAUGACGGAGGCACAGCUGUCACCACGGCAGUAUCCAUCGGCAUUGUUGUCGAAGGUGGCGCAGGGACCCUUCUUGGAAAGGAACUGUCCACGACUCAGACCCGCGAAAAUAUCGGGGUUGGUCAUGCAGGACAGACCACCGACGAUAGCAGUGUCACAGUCACGUGCCCACAGGGAGGAGCAGGCAACGUUCAUUGCAGCGGCACUGGAAGAGCAGGCAGUGUCAACGUUCAGAGAAGGACCGCUGAAGCCGAGGUGGUAGUUGAUCCUGCCAGGGCCGAAAGCUCGGACACCUCCUGUGAUGAAGUAGGUGUCGACCUCCUGGGCAGCGUUGAUCUCACGCCAGUCAUCAGAUGUCUGGCCGUAGAAGGUACCAAUGCGGUCCAGCCUGGUCGAGGGCGUCCUGUUGGGCACGUAACCGCUCAUCUCGAGAGCCUCGUAGGCGGUGGUCAGGGCCAUCCUCUGCAUGGGGUCGGUCUGGAAGGCCUCACGAGGAGACAUGUUGAAGAAACGAGGGUCGAACAUGCCAGGCUUCUCAAUCCAGCAGCCGUAAGGAGUGUGACUGCUGUUGAUGACCUUUCCGUUGGGGUCGUAGUGAGUCUCGACCGGGAAACGAUCGGCGGGGACGACACGGUGAACGUCCAGUCCCUUGGAGAGAAGCUCCCACAGCUUCUCGUGGCUAGCGGCGUCGGGGAAACGACCAGCCAUACCGACAAUGGCAAGCUUGUCACGGCUGCCACGUCCAUGGUUUCCAAUCACGGAAUCGGUGCUCUCCUUGGAUAUUUGUGGGGCCUUGCGGAGGAUGAUAUCCAAGCUGGUCUCGGCCUUGAGGAGAUUGGCCAGGGUGGCGGCGUGCUGUGUGGGGCCGAAGGGGAUGAUGAGGCACGACUUUCCGUCAAAACCACGAGCCAGAUUUAA